CUGGACUGUAAGUACAUGCUGUAUUUUUCAGUCACCAUAAUGGUCGCCUCGCUGCUGAUGUGGAUAGGAUCAUUGGUAAUUGCUGCUGAAGCUGGUCAAUGUAAGGCUAACCAACACUGUUCAGACUGUGCCAACACGACGGGACACUGCCUCACUGUGUGUGACUCUGGGUAUUUUGAUCAGAAAUGUUUGUCUGUUUGUGACGGAUAUUGUAAAUAUAACCUGUGUAGUCAGUCAGACGACGGUGGCGGACGUUGUACCGAGGGAUGUAUCCGAGGAUAUCAAGGCAGGAGGUGUAACAUACCAUGUGACAGUCCAGGAAGUAACUGUACAGCAUGCCCAGGUGGUUGUGAUGGAGGAUAUUGUCAGCUGGGCUCCUUCUGUGUAUCUGGAUGUGUAGACUCCUACUUCGGGACAGAUUGUGAAUCUGGUGGUACAGUGGGACUAGCUGUAGGACUGUCCACAACAGCUGUCAGUUUCAUCGUGUUGAUCUUCCUGGCAGUGUACUGCAAGUGUUGUAAACACUUGAGGCGAAUUAGUGUCACCCAGGAAGAGCAUGUUGUGCGCGAUUCUGUUGCCGAGAUAGGCGAUGCUCCUGUCUAUGAACUAGAAUGGUAUACUGACACCCCACAGACAGAGGACAUUGUGCGCGACUCUGUUGCCGAGAUGGGCGAUGCCUCUGUCUAUGAACUAGAAUGGUAUACUGACAUCCCACAGACAGACAUGGCCAUGGAUCGUGAGUCACCUGAUGGGAACUGUGGAGGUGGAGGUGAAGCUGGUGGUGUGGAGGAUGAUGUGUAUGACGUUGCAGAUGGAGGCAAACAUGAUCGUGCUGGUGUUAUCGGCAAUAUCUAUUCCAAAAUAUCCCAUGCUUAGAAAAUCAAGUAUUUCUUAAAUAUCGUUUGUUGACUGUUUGUUCAUUGCGUAGUUCUUAGUUUGAUCUGCCACCUAUGAGGUCAAAUUGAUCGAGCAUCUGUCCGGAGAGCAGAAGGUUGGUGGUCAGUCCCCUGGCCGUGUCAUUCGUGUCAUACGUGUCAUAAGUGUCAUAAAGGUCAUACUUGUCAUACGUGUCUUACGUGUCUUACGUGCCAUACGUGUUAGACGUGUCAUACGUGUCAUACGUGUUUUACUUGUCAUACGUGUUAUACGUGUCACACGUGCCUUACGUGUCAAACGUGUUAUACGUGUCAUACGUGGCAUUCAUGUCAUACGUGUUAUAUGUAUCAUACGUGUCAUUUGUGUAAUACGUGCCAUACGUGUCAUACGUGUCAUUCGUGUCAUACGUGUCAUACGUGUCAUACAUGUCAUUCGUGGCAUACGUGUCAUUUGUGUAAUACGUGCCACACGUGUCAUACGUGUCAUUCGUGUCAUACGUGUUAUACGUGUCAUACGUGUCAUUCGUGUCAUACGUGUCAAGAGACGUUAACACAUGGUUCAUGUUGUGUCUCUGCCUUGUCAUCGGCGUUAAGACAGGGCUCGGAGUUAGGUGACUGUGCUUCAGUGAGGCCCCCGUGUUAAACGGUGGCUUGAUAUAUCUGUGGUCAACUGUCGUGAACGAGCCAAUACACCCAGCUCUCACUUUAGUUUGAUCAGACUACAUAUAGGAAAAUAUGGUAUGAUGUUUGUAAAUAUUGUAAUAUUUGUAAAUAUCAAAAUGCAUGAAUAUCCAGCAUUUUCGUUGACCGUUUGUUAUAAAUUUUGAUUAAGUACUUCAACAGUGGACGUGUUGAUUGA